ACCUAAGUACCCAACCAAAGGGCGAAGAGAGAGAGUGUGUGUGUGUGUGAGAGAAGGCUUUGUGCGAAGUGAAAGGGAAGGGGAGAACCGAGGGGCAGAGAGAGAUCGUAAGCAGAGGAGAGGAGAAGAGAACCGUUGGUGUUUUAAUAAGUUCGAAAUCUAAAAUAUCCGUCUCGUCUCUUUCCCGCCAUGGUGGCUCAGGUGGAGAAUAGAGCUUCCCUCGAUCAGGUUCAGAAGACCAAGACCUUGAUCUGCGCCCUCAAUCUCAUCUCCAGAAACCUCCCUCUCCCUCCCGAGGUAUAUGACACUGUUUGCUCCAUCUACCUUAACGAGGAUGAUUCCGAUAACAGUAACGAUCAUGGUGUCGGCGUUGAAGCCCACAAUAGUGAGGGCAAUCGCCUGUCGGAGGAUAAUUCGAGUGGUCAUCAGAUUUUUGAUGGAGGGGCUUUAAUUACAGAAUUUGAGGAUGCCCUGGUGAAGCAACGUCCAAAUUGCAUGUCAGCUUUAAAGUUGAGAGAAUCAAAGGAAAGUCGUAUACGGAGCCACAUUCAUCAUCGUUUAACUGAGCUUGAAGAGUUGCCUUCAAGUAGAGGUGAGAUCCUGCAAACGAAGUGCUUGCUUGAGCUCUAUGGGCUAAAGCUAGCAGAGUUACAAAGCAAGGUCCGAACUGAUGUGAAUUCAGAAUAUUGGCUGCGUGAGAAAUGUGCAUAUCCCGAGAAGCAAUUGUUUGACUGGGGAAUGAUGCGAUUGUCUCGCCCUUUGAUCAUGUAUGGCGUGGCAGAUGCUUUUGCAAUGGAGACUGAUGGGCGUUUGCGAAAGAAACGGGAUGCAGAGAGGUUUUCAAGGUUAGAGGAGGAGGAAAAGAAUCUUAUGGAGACCCGAAAAAGGAAAUUUUUUGCAGACCUUCUUAAUACAGCUCGUGAGUUUCAAUUGCAAGCACAAGCUGCUCUGAAGCGCCGGAAACAAAGGAAUGAUGGGGUUCAGGCAUGGCAUGGAAGGCAAAGACAACGUGCUACAAGGGCGGAGAAAUUGAGGUUCCAAGCACUGAAAGCUGAUGACCAAGAAGCAUACAUGCGUUUGGUGGAGGAGAGCAAGAAUGAACGGCUGACAACGCUUCUAGGGAAAACCAAUGACCUUCUUGUUCGUUUGGGAGCUGCAGUUCAAAGGCAAAAAGAUGCCGAACAUUCUGAUGGCAAAGAAUCUCUGAAAGGCUCAGAGACAGAUGCUCCUUCACAUUUGUCUGCUUCUGAGAGUAAGACCCCUGAGGAUAUGCUCCCUGAUGAAGACAUAGACGUGGUUGAUAUAGAUUCUGAGCGCCAUGUGAAGACAAGCGAUUUUCUUGAAGGCCAGAGGCAGUAUAAUUCUGUCAUUCAUUCGAUUCAGGAGAAGGUGAUGGAGCAACCAGCCAUGCUUCAAGGGGGAGAAUUAAGGCCAUACCAGUUGGAAGGACUUCAGUGGAUGCUAUCUUUGUUUAACAACAAUCUAAAUGGGAUUUUAGCUGAUGAGAUGGGAUUAGGAAAGACAAUUCAGACCAUAUCAUUGGUUGCGUAUCUAAUGGAGAAAAAGGGUGUGGUUGGGCCCCACUUGAUUGUGGCUCCAAAGGCUGUAUUGCCAAAUUGGGUUAAUGAAUUUGCAACCUGGGCUCCUGGUAUCGUGGCUAUUUUAUAUGAUGGACGUCAAGAUGAAAGAAAGAUUAUGAGGGAGGAGUAUUCUGGAGAAGGGAAAUUCAGCGUGAUGAUAACCCACUAUGAUCUCAUUAUGCGAGACAAAUCAUUUUUGAAGAAAAUUCAUUGGCACUACAUGAUUGUUGAUGAAGGACAUCGGUUGAAAAAUCAUGAAUCCGCUCUUGCCCGGACUUUGGCUGACUACAAAAUUAGGCGGAGGCUUCUACUAACUGGCACCCCCAUACAAAAUAGUUUGCAAGAGUUGUGGGCCCUACUUAAUUUUCUCCUCCCCACAAUCUUUAAUUCAGUUGAGAAUUUCGAGGAGUGGUUUAAUGCACCCUUUGCGGAUCGAUGUGAUGUUUCUCUUACAGAUGAGGAAGAGCUUUUGAUUAUUCGUCGUUUGCAUCAGGUUAUAAGGCCAUUCAUACUGAGGAGGAAGAAAGAUGAGGUGGAGAAAUUCCUUCCUGGGAAAACACAGGUCAUACUGAAAUGUGAUUUGUCAGCAUGGCAGAAAGUAUACUAUCAACAGGUCACUGACUUGGGAAGAGUUGGGUUGGAUACUGGAUCUGGGAAGUCCAAGAGUCUCCAGAACUUGUCAAUGCAACUCAGGAAGUGUUGUAAUCACCCAUACCUCUUUGUGGGCGAAUAUAACAUUUGGCGCAAGGAGGAGAUUGUUCGAGCAUCUGGGAAAUUUGAGCUGCUUGAUCGCUUGCUCCCAAAACUCCGAAGAACAGGGCAUAGAGUUCUGCUUUUCUCAACAAUGACACGUCUCAUAGACAUCCUUGAAAUUUAUUUGCAGCUGCAUGAUUAUAAGUAUCUUAGACUGGAUGGCACCACAAAGACAGAAGAAAGAGGGACUCUACUUAAGCAAUUUAAUGCACCGGACUCACCUUUCUUCAUGUUUCUUUUGAGCACCCGUGCUGGGGGCCUUGGUCUAAACUUGCAAACUGCAGAUACUGUUAUAAUAUUUGAUAGUGAUUGGAACCCCCAAAUGGACCAACAAGCAGAGGAUCGGGCCCAUCGUAUAGGGCAGAAGAAGGAAGUGAGGGUCUUUGUGUUGGUUAGUGUUGGAUCAAUUGAAGAGGUUAUCCUGGAACGUGCAAAACAGAAAAUGGGCAUUGAUGCCAAAGUCAUUCAGGCAGGGCUGUUCAAUACAACCUCCACAGCUCAGGACAGAAAAGAGAUGUUGCAGGAAAUCAUGCGAAGAGGUACAAAUUCACUCGGGACAGAUGUGCCAAGUGAGAGAGAAAUCAACAGUCUUGCAGCUCGAUCGGAUGAGGAGUUCUGGUUGUUUGAGAGAAUGGAUGAGGAAAGACGGCAAAGGGAGAACUACAGAUCAAGGCUGAUGGAAGUACAUGAAGUACCUGACUGGGCAUAUUCCGUCCCUGAUAACAAGGCAGACAAGUCUAAGGAUGUGGAACCUGAUGCUAAUGGAAGUACAGGAAAGCGGCGCAGAAAAGAGGUGGUUUAUGCUGACACACUGAGUGACAUGCAGUGGAUAAAGGCUGUUGAAAAUGGAGAAGACUUGUCGAAGCUUAUGGGUAAAGGGAGGAGGAGAGAACAGCUUCAGAAUGAGGCAAAUGAAUCAACCAGUGAUAAUGUAGGAGGAGAGCAAAAAGCAUUAGACCCAAGGAAUGCCAAUGAAUCUACAGUCAGUGAGGGAGCAACUGAAGAUUCCUUUGGGCAGACCCCUAAAAGGCUCAAAUCUGGACCCAUGCAGUGCAGCAGGCCUGAAAAUGAAAGUCCCGUGGGAAGUGGUUGGAGUGGGGAUAUCUUCACAUGGAAGACCCAUAAGAAGAAGAGAUCAAGCUAUGGUGUUCCAAAUUCAUCAUCAUUUGAUGCAAAAAGCCAGAAUUCUAACAGCAGAGUGAAUGGACGGUUUUGAUAUACCCAAACAACUUUUUGACAGAUGUAUUUAUAUGAAGCUUGAGUGAGUUUUAUUCUAAUUAUACACUUACCCAGAUCUUCCCAUUUAGUGAUCAUGUGGUUCCUGAACCAGGCAGAUCUUGGAGGGCUUUUCACAGUUUCUGUGCAUGUCAAGCUUACUCACCCCCUCUGAUCAAUAGUUCUAAAUUGUAAUAUUUUGUGCUGCGAAUGAGAAAUCAUCUUCCAUUUUUUGAGAAAAACAACUAUGUUCUAGAGGCAUAGAUUGAUUUAACAGUA